UCUAAUUUCGCAUUUCUAAAGGGAAAGGAAUAUAAAGAAAACCGCAUAAAAAGAAAUAUCGGAGAAAAAUUGGAUAUUAAGAAAAGAUAAGGAAUAGAUAGAAUAUGAUAUGGAGAACGCAGGGGACGAAGGAAGAAGAGAUAGAACGAAUGAAGAAGAUGCACGUAGGUUGAUGGAUCGAAUGUAGAGGAACAGAAAACAGUUGGAAGGACGAAAAGAGACGGUAAGAGGGCGGGCGGAUAGAGAGGGAAAGAGAGACGGGUAGGGGAGCCAGAAAAAAUCCGGGGAUUUACGCGGAAAGGGCAAAAUAUUCCCCGCCCAGACUUCAUUCAGCCUCCGAUUACGGGGUGGCUUUGGGUGAAAAGCACACGCUUUCAUUGGUCGAGGGGCUAAUAUGGCGGUGUUAGGGGUUGCAAGGUGGGGCGGGUGUACGCGAUAUUAAGGGCUGCUUUCAUGUCCGACGAGCCAGUUCGUGGUGCGCCGUCGAUUGACGCAUUUUCCGUCGAGAAGGUGGAGAACGAAGCGUGGAGCGUUCGACAAUUUCUUGUGUUUCUCCUCAUUCUACAUCCUUCUCAGAUUCUCUCGCUUUCUUUUUUUUGCAUACUUUUUUCCGGCUGGACCACACUCGAAAGCACACGCGACUCGGCGGGAAAUUCAAUUUGCGCGCGUGCCACUCGGGAGACAAUUUAUGAUUUGCCAGUGAUUUUUUCGUGGAUCGAGGACUGUUUCGUAUUGCCAUUUGUUUGCGAAUAUCGGGAAAUUUUACGUCAGUGAUUUUCGUGGAGAAAGACUUUCUUAGAAUGGCUCAGACAUAUAAUCAGAAGAAAAAUGUGUACAGCAUUGAUCAAAUAUUGGGUCAUGGCAAAGAUGAAGAUCACGCGACAUCAUCUGACGCCGUCGUUGAUGACGGUGACACGGAGCUCGGUCACUUGAGCGAUCAUCAGAUCAACGAUGCGUUGCACGAUCCUUUGAAUCUGGGUGAAUCUGAUCGACCACGCAAGGUGCGAAGAUCCCGCACGACUUUUACAACUUAUCAGCUACACGAACUCGAGAAAGCUUUUGGGAAUACGCAGUACCCGGAUGUGUUCACCAGGGAAGAGCUGGCAAUGAGGUUGGACCUCUCAGAGGCGAGAGUUCAGGUUUGGUUUCAAAAUCGACGUGCAAAAUGGCGCAAGAAGGAAAAGGCGUUGGGCAGAGAUACUACUUUUAUGCACGUCGAACAAGGUGGCGUAAAUGAAUUGUCUCUCCACGCGCGUCUGUUACAAACGGCCGGCGGUGUUCCGGGCGCGGACUCUUCCGGUCCGCCAACCGGCGCAUUUCCCUGGUUCAUCCCGCCGGUUUUCCCGCCACCCUGGCCCACGAGCGCGCCCAAGUUGCCACCGUUACACGCCAUCUUGUCGCAAUACAUCGGAUUGCCGUUGUCGCAGAAUCUGGCGUCGCUUAGUACAAUGCUGCCAGUCAACUGCCUGAACCCGAGCUCGUCGUUGAAUCACAGUAACGUGAACGGCCACUCGCUGGGCGGCCAUCUUCACGGCGGGCAUCCUCUGAACCUGGGGGUGCAGAGCAUACCGCAGAACCUGAGCUCGAAGAACGACAAGGACGAGGAUUCGGCGUCGUCCGACGACGAGAUCAGGAAGCAGAGCGCGGAAGUGCUGAGAGUGAAGGCGGAGGAGGCGCUACGUAAGGCGGACAAUUAACUGUGAGAGCUCUUUUACGGACUUUUGUAAAUAUGAGAAACUUGUUCCCGGGAAUCUCACCCAUAUUUGAUACCAACGUAAAUGUUUUGCACGCGUCAUAAAUCUGCAGCCUACGCGAAAAGGAUUUCUCUUGGUUAUUGUCAGGCUUGGAGAGAUUUACUUGGCAUCGUUUAUACUUAUGAUUCGAUAUCGACGGAUAUUUAUUUACAAAAUGUUUCGGAAGGAAACGUACUUACUUCAGAUUUUCAAGUUAAUUGCGAAGAAAAGCAACUUUUGAUAUUAUACCAAAGAAUUUAUUAAUUUAUUUUUGCAUCCAAAAUACUUUAUAGGAUCAAGGCUUAGGAAUCGAGUAGCACAUGUUCGAGCAGGAAGUAAAUGAUAUUUGAUAUUAAUUUGAUUAUUUGCGACGUAUUGAUCAAUAUAACUUGAAUGACACGCGUUUCAAUUCUUUGAAUUAGGAGUUUGUGUAAGACACAAUUUUAAGUUUACUAUUAUUUAUCAAUAUUAAUUAGCUGCUGAUCGUGCUCUUUUAAUCUAAAGGUCGAGAAACUCAAUCAUUCGAGUAAUUCGAAAUUAUUAUUUG